GUGACUUGAAGCGCCAUCUUCCUUUCUUCUACAUGGUCAUUGUGUUUACAUCCAAAAGGUGGAGUGAAUAAAAUAAAAUAAACAGAAGAUGUCAUUUCUCGAUCAACAAACCACUGCUACAAAAAUAUUUUCUGAGGAUCAAAUCAGCAACUCCUACACAGGAGAAGAAGAAAUAAAAACAUACAAGAGUUCCCAGACAUGGUUUAUUAGCUUGUUACACCACGUUUUGCAGUUUCAAAGUGUGAACUCAUUGUAUUGUUUUCUGUUUAUUCUUCAAACUGUGUUCAUUAUACUUGUAUUACUUAGAAAAUCAAGGAGUAAUAUUUGUUUUAAAAAUGGAACUAUUUCCUACUUAGCCAAGAAAUGCAGCAGCAAAGUGAUAAACAAUGUACUUUCGAUGAUUGACAUUGACUUAAACCUUACGGACUCAGAUGGAAAGGCUCCUUUACAUCUUUACGCAGAGAAGAACAACGUAUGUUUUGGGGAGUUGUUAUUAAAUGGUGGCGCAGAUGUUAAUGUCAAAACUAAAGGUUAUGACUCAGGAAAGAGUCCAUUGUUUAUUAGCGCGGAAAGAAAUCACAAAGACUUUGCACAACUUUUGGUGAAAUGGAAAGCAAAUGUCAAUGAAAUGAGUGGUCGUAGUGAAAAAAAAUCAGCUUUACAUGUGUGUUUUGCACGCGGAUAUGUAGACAUUGCGGAUACUCUGUUGGAUGCAGGUGCUGAUGUAAAUCUGGCUGACGGGAACGGUAAGACAGCUUUACAUUAUGCUGCAACGUACGAAAGUUUGAAACGUGUCCAGCUGCUAGAAAAGCGUACAAAUAAUUAUUGCUCUAGAGUAUUGGGUGAAAAGCCUGACAUGAAAGAUUGGACAGCUUUAUAUAAUGCUGCUAUAGAAGACAGUAAGAAACGCAUCCAGUUACUUUUAGAUAAAGGCGCGGCUAUUAAUAGCAUUGACAAUUUAGGACAAACGGCUUUACAUUACGCAUCAUACGGCGGUUCCAAUGAAAUUGUCGAUUUUUUACUUGAAGCUGGAGCCUCAGCAAAUAUCACAGACAACUGUGGUGAAACAGCUUUACACUGUGCUGUUGUGUACGCGCGAAAUCCUGAAACAGCCUUAACACUGUUAAAAAAGACAAGUGUUUUUGACAUCGCAGACAUGAGUGGCAACACAGCCUUAUACUACAGCUGUCGGGGCGAUCUUAAAGAAGUUGUGGAGGCGUUACUGGACGCUGGAGCUGAUGUUGACAGCAGAGGCCAGUUAGGGAGCACCCCAUUGCACCACAGUCUAUGGUGAGGGAAGAUUGACACCAUGAGACUGCUUAUCCAACGUGGCGCUAAUCUUGACAUCACAGCCAACAAUGGUCAAACAGCUUUGGAUGCGGCCACUAUACAUGCAAACAAUGAAGCAAUUGCUCUUCUAAGACAACACGGAGCUAAGUCAUCAUCAGAGAUUAAGGAUAAAAACACAAGCGCUGUUGUAGACUGUUCAACGUUAACUGAAGUAAAAUCAACAAAAGAAACAACUUCAUCUCCAAGUAUUACAACGCCACCAGCUUCUACUUAUACUCCAACUUUGAGUGAUGAUACUACUCCAAGUUAUGGACAAUCUAUGGAUACAACACCAACAGCUUCUACCACUACUCCAGAUGGAAGUACUGAUACUAACCCAAGUACUGAUACUGCACCAUCUAUGGAUACAACAUCUAUAGCUUCUUUAACUACAAAAGCACGUGAUGAUACUACCCCAAGUAAUGAUACUGCUCUAUCUAAGGAUACAACACCAAUAGCUUCUACCACUACACGGGAUUUAAGUUAUGAUACUGCAAGUGCUGAUACUGCACCAACUAUAAAUACAACACCAAAAGACUGUAUCACGACUACAACAGUUAUUACUACCCCAAAUAAGCAAGACACAAUGGUCAGACAAGCAAAGAAUAGCAUCAAGACUGUAGUCAAAAUAGGGAACAGAAAGUCCACAACUAUAAAUCAUGUCAGACUUAAUCGAUCGAUUUCUUACCACAUUAACCAAAUAAACAUCAACAAUGUCGACUGUCUGGCCAUCAAUGGAAAUAUCAGAACUUCUAUUCAAAAUAAAUAGGCCUACAUAUAGAUAAAAGUAAUAUGUGAUUAUUUAUCGUUAUUGUUGUAAGGACUGAAGCUGAAUGCGUGUUUGUAUACAAUAAAUUAAUUUGUAAGAGUUAAA